UCCUACAACAAUUCUGCCCACUCUCAUGUAUCUUCGCAUCAUUCUGAAACUCCUCAUGUUGGUCCUCCGGAAGAAACAUCUACUACUGAUGUGUUUUAUGUCCCUGUUUUGUAUAUUAAAGCUAUAUUAUGA